AGAAGCCGGUGGUAGCCGUCGCUAUCUGGAGGAGGAGCGGCGGCUGCUGCUGUCACCAAAUGUCGUGAAAGCGGGCGGCGCGCGCGACGGCGUUGUCGUAAAGGUUCUUCUGGAAGGGCAAGCGAGGAAGAGGAGGAGAACCGUGGAGCGAGAGAGGAGCCAUGCCGUUGUUUGAUCUCCAGGAAUACCUGGGCAUUGACCUGGACAAGUGGUUCCUCAUCCAGAGCACCACGCAGCCCUACAAGCGGGCCUCCACGUGCCACGCCUUUGAGAAGGAGUGGCUGGAGUGUGCCCAUGGCCUUGGGCAGAUGCGGGCCAUGAAGGAGUGCAAGAUAGAGAUGGACGACCUCUUCGAGUGCAUCAACAGGCACAAAAUGAUUAGGCGACUGAUGACCAUCACAGCCCAGAAGAAGAAGUUGAUGAAGGAGGGGAAAUACACCCCGCCCGAGUACCACGCCGGCAAGCCAGAGACAGAGCCUUGAACCUCUGCUGCUGACUGGAAGGCAACAGAGGAGGAGGAGGAGGAAGAGGAAGAGCUUCUCACUCUUCUCAUUUGCUGCUGGGAGAUAUAGAUAUAGAUAUAUGUUUGAUCAGUAUCACCAAUUUGUGUUGGGGCUGGAGCGCCUUAGCUUUGGCUUCUGUCGCUGCCCAGCGCUGGCCAAGUGAAGCUACUGCCUCUCUCUGGCUUCAAUAAAUCUCUCCUUUUGGGUCUUGAA